AUGCCACCACGAUCCCCAAAUUUUGGCGGAUUAUGGGAAGCAGCAGUGAAGGUAGUUAAGAAGCACUUCUACGCUGUCACUCAAGGUCAGAUUCUGACCUUCGAGGAAUUCAAUUCCAUCUUAACGGAAAUCGAAGCGAUAAUGAAUUCGCGUCCACUUUGUCCAAUGACCGAGGAUCCGGAAGAUCUAGCUGUUCUAACUCCCGCCCAUUUCUUGGUUGGAGAUUCAUUAUUGCUACCUGUGGAGGACAAUUUUUUAGACACACCAGAUAACAAACUAUCCAGAUGGCAACUUUUACAAAAGUUGAGACAGUCUAUAUGGAAUCGUUGGCACAUCGAGUACUUGCAGGAACUGCAACGUCGGCAUAAGUGGGCUCAUCCAUCGGACAAUCUUUAUCCAGGCCUACUUGUUUUGCUAAAAGAGAAAAACGUACCACCACUUCACUGGACGAUAGCUCGCAUUACCGAGGUCCACCAUGGAAAAAACGAAGUUGUUAGAAUGGUCACAGUCCGCACUGCAAAAGGAUUCUUCAAACGAGCUGCAAGAGAUGUUUGUCCCCUCCCAAUAUACGACAAUCAGGAGAAAAUGUAA